GACACUAUGGGCUCGAGAGGGAGAAAGAUCUCCGUAUAGAACUAUUCUCCCACCCGUCUGAUAUUAUCUCUAAAACCCUAAUUACAGAGAGAGAGAGAGAGAGAGAGAGAGAGAGAGAGAGUUCUACACCGACGCAAGGCAAAGGCAGCGCCAACUUGUCGACGCCCUAGAAGAAGAAGAAGAAGGGAGAACCAAAUCGAGCGAAGAUGAGGAUAAUGAUAAAGGGAGGGGUGUGGAAGAACACCGAGGACGAGAUCCUCAAGGCGGCGGUCAUGAAGUACGGGAAGAACCAGUGGGCUCGGAUCUCUUCCCUACUCGUUCGCAAAUCGGCCAAGCAGUGCAAGGCUCGCUGGUACGAGUGGCUCGAUCCGUCCAUCAAGAAGACUGAGUGGACCAGAGAAGAAGAUGAGAAACUACUUCAUCUUGCUAAGCUCAUGCCCACCCAAUGGCGGACAAUUGCGCCAAUUGUGGGUCGUACUCCAUCCCAAUGCCUUGAGCGCUAUGAGAAACUUCUUGAUGCUGCCUGUGCUAAGGAUGAUAACUAUGAAGCAGGCGAUGAUCCACGGAAAUUGCGACCUGGGGAGAUUGAUCCAAACCCAGAAUCAAAGCCUGCCCGUCCGGACCCUGUUGAUAUGGACGAAGAUGAGAAGGAAAUGCUUUCGGAAGCACGAGCUCGGUUAGCCAACACUAGAGGCAAGAAGGCAAAAAGGAAAGCAAGGGAGAAGCAGCUUGAAGAGGCUAGGAGGCUUGCUUCUCUUCAGAAAAGGAGGGAACUAAAGGCUGCUGGAAUUCAAACUAGGCAAAGGAAGAGGAAGAGGAAGGGUAUUGACUAUAAUGCAGAAAUUCCCUUUGAGAAGAAGCCUCCUCCGGGCUUCUUUGACGUUGCUGAUGAAGAUCGAGAGGUGGAGCAACCCAAGUUCCCUACCACAAUUGAGGAACUUGAGGGCGAGAAAAGAAUGGACAAGGAAGCUCGAUUAAGAAAGCAAGAUAUUGCGAGGAAUAAAAUUGCUCAAAGGCAGGAUGCCCCAUCAGCAAUACUGCAAGCAAAUAAGCUUAAUGACCCGGAGACAGUCCGGAAAAGGUCGAAAUUGAUGCUUCCAGCACCUCAGAUUUCUGAUCAUGAAUUGGAAGAAAUUGCAAAAAUGGGGUAUGCUAGUGAUCUCCUUUUGGGCAGCGAGGAAUUCACAGAAGGGAGUGGUGCAACGCGUGCUCUUCUCGCAAAUUAUUCCCAGACGCCACGACAAGGAAUGACCCCACUACGGACCCCUCAAAGGACACCAGCGGGUAAGGGUGAUGCUAUUAUGAUGGAAGCGGAAAAUCUCGCCAGGUUAAGGGAGUCUCAAACACCAUUACUAGGAGGAGAAAAUCCAGAUCUACAUCCUUCGGAUUUUUCUGGGGUAACACCUAAGAAAAAGGAGAUCCAAACGCCAAAUCCCAUGUUGACUCCUUCAGCAACUCCUGGAGGGGUGGGCAUGACACCAAGACUUGGCAUGACUCCAUCACUUGCCAUGACUCCAUCACUUGCCAUGACUCCGUCAAGGGAUGGCUAUGCUUUUGGUGUAACUCCAAAAGGAACUCCCAUAAGGGAUGAGCUUCACAUUAAUGAGGACAUGGAUGCGCAUGAUAGUGCAAAACUAGAGCUCCGUAGACAAGCUGAUUUGAGAAGGAAUUUGCGGUCUGGUUUGAGCAACCUUCCACAGCCCAAGAAUGAUUACCAAGUUGUUAUCCAACCAGAACCUGAAGAUAGUGAGGAACCAGAGGAGAAGAUUGAAGAAGACAUGUCUGACAGAAUAGCAAGAGAGAGGGCUGAGGAAGAAGCAAGGCAACAAGCAUUACUUAAGAAAAGAUCGAAAGUGCUGCAGAGGGAACUGCCUAGACCUCCUGCUGCUUCAGUGGAACUGAUUAAAAGUUCUUUGAUGAGGGCUGAUGAAGACAAAAGCUCCUUUGUUCCCCCUACUUUGAUUGAGCAGGCCGAAGAGAUGAUAAGAAAGGAGCUUCUAUCCUUGCUCGAUCAUGAUAAUGCAAAGUAUCCAUUUGAAGAGAAAGGGAACAAGGAGAUAAAGAAAGGAGUCAAGCGGGCUUCAAACAGAAAAUCUGUUUCUGUCCCCACAAUUGAAGACUUUGAAGAAGAUGAGAUGAAGGAGGCUGAUUAUUUGAUCAAGGGAGAGGCUCAGUUUCUUCAUGUCGCCAUGGGGCAUGAGGAUGAAUCUUUUGACGAGUUUGUUGAAGCACAUAAAACAUGCUUAAACGACAGCAUGUACUUUCCUACUCGUAAUGCCUUUGGUCUAUCUAGUGUUGCUGGAAACAUGGAGAAGCUUUCUGCCUUGCAGUAUGAAUUUGAGAAUGUAAAGAAAAGGAUGGAUGAUGAUACGAAAAAGGCACAACGCAUGGAGCAGAAGAUAAAACUCCUUACCAAUGGGUAUCAGAUGCGGUCUACGAACAUUUGGUCUCAAAUUGAAGCAACGUUCAAGCAGAUGGACACUGCAGGAACAGAAGUUGAGUGCUUCCAAGCUUUACAAAAGCAAGAGCAGGUAGCAGCAUCACAUAGGAUAAAUAGCCUCUGGGAAGAAGUUCAGAAGCAAAAGGAGCUUGAGCGUACUUUACAGAAACGCUAUGGAGAUCUCACAGCGGAGCAAGAAUUGAUCCAAAGCCUCAUGGAUGCUUACAGAGUACAAGAAGAAAUUGCUGCGAAAAAUCGUGCUCACGAAUUGGCCACUGCUGCAGCUAAUGAAACUGUCGCGCCAAGCUCUGAAACUGCUGAACCGGUUGACCUAUCUAAUAAUGAGAUUCCAAGCCUAGAUAUGGAUAAUGCCAAUGAAAGCCCUAAACAUGACAUGCUUAUAAAUGAAAUGUCUGAGAAUGCUGCUCCAGACAUGGAUGUGAGCUCAUCGGACAUCAUUCCAUCUGCUACUGAGGCUGAUGUUGGUAUGUUGGAAGGAACUGAUAGCUACGAAGGCUCUGUUUCUUUUGUUGAUACUAAGCUCAACAGUGUGGUUAAUUCUGACCCUGAUGAGGGGGAUGACACUAAGAUGGCUGAUGACAGCGACAGAGUCAAUGGGACUGUUAAUGGGGAUUUAACUAGUACAGACAUUGUUGAGGAGGAUUUAGCAUCCAAGGAUGAUAACGGAACGCAGACUGGUGGCUUAACGGGCCCAGAAGACAUUGUUCAGGUGGACACGGUAAGUUUGCUAGAUUCGUAAAGAUCUAUUGUUUCCAGAAGUUGGAAUACUUUUUGGGGAUAUGCUGAAACCAUCUUCUAACGAGUGUGUCCUUGCGUGUUCAUGAAGUGGUGGUCGGGGCCUUCUCUGUGAGGCUAUUGGAAAUUGUUGUCUAUUUGCAUCGCCUGUUUGUUUUUCGAAUUUUGUAGUGUGAGAAUGAGAAAGCCUACCUUUACUUUUCGAUGCGAGGAACGUUUUUCGUUUGUGGAAAUUAUGGAGAAGUGAUUCCAUAAAGACCCGAAUCUUGUUCCCUUGUACUGUUCUGAUUCUUAAUACCUUCAGGAACUAAUAACAUUACGUUCAUUUUGAAGAAUGGAUAGUUGAGGCACUAUUUUGCAUGUA